AUGAACGAAAGAAAUGUUUUGCAGGCAAUAAAGAGGCUGCAAACAGUGGAUAUCAGUGAAGAGCUCGAUUUCUUCUCCUACGAGCAAUUUUAUGUGAUAUAUUACAAAUUUCACUCACUGGAUACAAACAAUAAAAAAUGCUUAACGCCUUCUGACCUUUCCCUCUAUUCGAAUGGUGAGUUACAUUAUUUGCCUGACUUUAGUAUUGAGUAUUGGUUUCGAGUGAUGGAUUUAAAUGGGGAUGGACGUAUUUCAUUCGAUGAGAUGUCAAUUUUUUAUAAAGAAAUCAUCGAAUACGUGAUCAGAGCAGACACAGAACCAAUUUUCUUCGAUGAUGUCGUAAACAUGGUAAUGUCAAUAGCUCAAACUGUUUUAAAUUGUUAA